CACGGCCAUUUUCCUGUUGAGUCCACUCUCCGCCACGUUCCUCUACGUGAGUGUCGCAUUCUCUUGCGCGAACUAACGUUAUGUUUGUGAUGAGGCGGGAAAUGGCGUCUACAGAUAUGGUUGAUUUGUGACUAGCUAGCGAGCGAGCGACCAACACAGCUGGCAGCGGUACCCACGGCCCGACCUCCAUCGGUCGCCGCCCCGGUCGCGGCUGAAAGCUGUCAGCGCUGCAACAAGUUUGAGUUUCCUUGAUCAACGUUUUUUCUAUGUGACGGUGGAGCAUGAUGAGGCUGAGAGUGCGUAAAGCCCCUCAGCAGCCAACCCCAGGCCGUCGAAGCCUCCUGUCCCAGGCCAAGCGGAAACACUGUGAAGUGGAGCCUUCUCCAGUGAGAAGCCGAGGCAAAAUGCAGAAGAAUGAAACAGGCCUGUUCUCCACUAUAAAAAAAUUUAUCCGUGGAAAUGCUGUCAAGGUGGACCAGGACAUCCCUGCCAAGAGGAGUCGUAUUGAUUGUAAUUCAGAUGGCAACCUGAUAACUUCAACACCACAGACUGGGGGCCUUCCCAACAAACCGAUCUCCAGAGUUUGCCGGAAAACCCCGAAUAAAGACGUGAUGACUUGCAACAGUAAACCCAUGAAACCAAACGGCAAGCUCGAGACCCCUGUUGAGGCAACGAGCAGCCCACCCCGCACCACCCUGCUGGGAACCAUCUUUUCUCCAGUUUUCAACUUUUUCUCACCAGCAACUAAGACAGCCACUCCUGGUUCAGACUCUCCUGGCCAAGCAAUGGAGGCAGAGGAAAUCAUGAAACAGCUGGAUAUAGAGCAAGCAGAAGAGAUUCCAAGCAGCACUCUCACAUCCACAGAAGGCAUCACCAUGUGCCAUGCUGCCCCAGUAUUACCACAGAGGCCUCAGAUAACCCCAGACGCCACCAUAGAAGAAGGGGAAAUCGUCACUGAGACUGAUAUGCCCCCACUAACAGCUCCUGGAUGCACGCCAGACAGUGGUUACUCACACGCACCGCCCUCAGCUCCGGCAGAGGCCUCGUAUGAUGAAGACUGGGAGGUUUUUGAUCCGUAUUUCUUCAUCAAGAAUGUGCCUCCGCUGACGGAAGAGCAGUUGACGCGCAAACCAGCGCUACCCUUGAAAACACGCAGCACGCCAGAGUUUUCUCUAGUAUUAGACCUGGAUGAAACGCUGGUGCACUGCAGUUUGAACGAGCUAGAGGACGCUGCCCUGACUUUUCCUGUGCUCUUUCAAGAUGUAAUAUACCAGGUAUAUGUUCGGUUGAGGCCCUUUUUUCGUGAGUUUCUUGAGCGUAUGUCACAAAUGUAUGAGAUUAUUCUCUUCACGGCUUCAAAGAAAGUGUACGCUGAUAAGUUGCUCAACAUCCUGGAUCCGAAGAAACAGUUGGUCAGACAUAGGCUAUUUCGUGAGCAUUGUGUGUGUGUACAAGGAAAUUAUAUCAAAGACUUGAACAUUCUUGGACGGGAUCUUUCAAAGACGAUAAUAAUUGACAAUUCACCCCAAGCCUUUGCAUAUCAGCUCUCCAAUGGAAUCCCGAUUGAGAGCUGGUUUGUGGAUAGAAAUGACAAUGAGCUUCUAAAGCUUGUUCCUUUCCUGGAGAAGCUUGUGGAGCUGAAUGAAGAUGUCAGACCACACAUCCGAGACAGGUUUCGUUUGCAUGACCUCCUUCCCCCAGACUGAUGACUCUCAUGAAAGACAGUUAUCUUACAGUGCAAGAUCGUGUCAACAUGGAUACAACUGACUCAGAGAAGGAUAUUUAACGGAUUUCUCCUUGCAAACACAACAUUGCAGUUAUUUUAUUUUUUUUAAUUGUUCAAACAAAAAAAAGUAAAACUGUGUUUGAGUUAAAAGCACUGUAUGUUUCUAUACAUACAAACAAACUCAAACUAGACUCUAAACAUAAACCAAACUGUUUAAUACAACAGUUUUUUACACUUUGCUGUCUUCUUUCUGGUAUGACCUAGAAGAUGACAUCCUGGAAGAUAUUUCAUCUUUAAUUAUCAUUUCGGAUUGACAAAACUGAAUGUCACGCAGUGUUGGAGUAUAAGGACCUUGUUGGCUCAAGCCCGAUCUUGAAUGGCCAGUCAAACAUGUAUAAUAUUCACACUCCAUUUCUUGUAAAUAUAUGUAUAUAUAUUUUUUUUCUUAAAGGUUUUUAAGUCCUUUUAUUUUCACUUCAAAUGUUAGUAUGUAUUCCUUUUAUUUGGUUGCUUUUAUAAACCAAUUGUUAGUGGGUUUUUUUGCUCUUCUGAAGUUGAUGCUACACAGCUGCUUUUCUGUUGUAUGCCUGCAUUAUUCCUGUGAUGCUUUACUCCAUUAAAUGCAGUUGUCUGUAAUAAGGUGCAGUUUUAAAAUGUAUCUUUGGGAGGAAAUGUUUCUGAAAUUAAUAAUAUUUUAAAGAUAUGUAAUGUAAGCUGGAAUAGGGUCUCAACUGAAUACAAAGCCAUAAUGGCCGACUAAUAAUUUUGGAGAUUUGUCCACUUCAGAUGUAGACACCUUGAUCAGCCUCCUUGAUGAGGGACAGGGAGGGAGGGGUUCAGGCAUCCUGCACUUUGACAUCCAGCCCUUUGUAAGUUAAUGUAAAAUCUUGUCACUUUUCUACACGGCUGUAUCACCUCAAUUUGUUAUUGGGGGGGCGGGGGGCCUCGAUGAAAUUGUAGCACCAGCAAAUUGCCAACAUGUUUGCUCUCAAAUGUUUUCCAAGACGUCUUGUAUGUGGGAUCUUUACUAUGUAGGAGUCACCAGUUUUAUUGACUAUUGAAUGAUCACUCCUGUUGUAUUCAGUGUUACUCAAUGGUUUCCUUGAAAAUAAAUACAUUUUUAUACGA